AUUCAUUCUGUUUCAGGUAAAAUGCCACAAAAAGUAUACAAUCUUGAACGAAGUGUUAUGGUAUAUGAAGACCUCAAAUUUCCGGAAGCUUUAUCGAUAUAUCAGUGUCUUGAACGAGUAUUAAGGCUACCUUCAGUGGGAAGCAAAAGAUAUCUCACAAACAAAGUAGACCGAUGUGUAACCGGACUAAUAGCUCAACAACAAUGUGUUGGUCCGUUACAUACACCUCUAGCUGAUGUGGCGGUUACUGCAAUUUCUCACUUUGGAUAUGAAGGUAUUGCUUCAUCCAUAGGCGAGCAGCCGCUCAAAGGCUUGGUUAAUACCUCUGCAGGAGCUAGAAUGACUGUUGCGGAAGCACUCUCCAACUUAGUGUUUGCUACUAUUUCUGAUAUAAGAGAUGUAAAAUGCAGUGGUAAUUGGAUGUGGGCAGCAAAAUUACCAGGAGAAGGUUCCUUGCUUUUUGAUGCUUGUAAGGCUAUGUGCGAAUUUAUGUCAGAAUUAGGCAUAGCUAUAGACGGAGGUAAAGACUCUCUCAGUAUGGCAGCUAGAGUUGGGAAAGAAACAGUUAAGGCACCUGGAACUCUUGUUGUGUCUACUUAUGCUCCUUGUCCGGAUAUAAGAAAAAUUGUAACUCCUGACUUCAAAGCUCCCUCAAUGGGAAAAACAGGAAUUUUGAUUUACAUUGAUUUGUCACAUGGUGACAAUAGAUUGGGAGGCUCAGCACUUGCCCAAGUAUUUGGUCAACUUGGUAGAGAAAGUGCAGAUGUUCAUUGCGCUCAAGAAUUGGUAAAUGCAUUUAGAGCCACUCAAGAGCUCAUAAAGGAUGGAUCUGUUUUAUCAGGACAUGAUGUCAGUGAUGGUGGUGUAAUUGUUUGUUUAUUAGAGAUGUGUUUUGCUGGUAUGUGUGGGAUGGAAAUCAACAUUCAACAUAGACAAGGAAAGCCCAUCAAUAUUUUGUUUUCUGAGGAAGUUGGAUGGGUUCUGGAAAUUUUAGAGAAAGAUGUGGCCCACUGUAUGAAUGUUUUCAAGGUAAGCAAGCUCCCGCAGUAUUCCAUUGGCUAUCAAUUUUAUUCAAUACAAUUANUUGGUUAUGGCAUUAAAUCGAAAAUAGGUAUUACAGUUAAUAAUGCUUGCCUGGAAAGUACAGUACUUCCUCUUAUGAAGAUGUGGGAAGAAACAAAUUAUAAACUAGAGCUGCUACAGACAAUAGAAUCUUGUGCUGAUUCAGAAUUUUUCUCUCUUUCUGAAAGGAAAGGUCCUAAAUAUGUUCUGACAUUUGAUCCUGAUGAAGACACCGGUAUUGAAAGUGGAUUGUUUUCUGUAGCUGUGAUAAGAGAGGAAGGAACAAAUGGAGACCGAGAAAUGGCAGCUGCAUUUGUAAGAGCAGGUUUCAGAGUUUGGGACAUUACGAUGCAAGAUUUAAUAACUGGUGCCGCUAGUCUAGACUCUUUUCGAGGUGUCAUUUUCCCAGGCGGAUUUAGUUAUGCAGAUGUUCUAGGCUCAGCAAAAGGUUGGGCAGGAAAUUUAUUAUACAAUGAAAAAGUGCGAGAGCAAUUCGCCAGAUUUUAUAGAAGAACAGACACGUUCAGUUUGGGUGUGUGCAACGGAUGUCAGUUGAUGGCUCUUAUUGGUUGGGUGGGAACACCUAUAACAGGAGAGAUGAAACCAGACAUUUCUUUAACAAAUAACAGAUCUGAACGUUUUGAAUGUAGGUUCAGUACUGUAAAAAUCGAGAAAUCCAAAUCCAUCAUGCUCAAAGACAUGGAAGGAUCUUCAUUUGGAGUUUGGGUAGCACAUGGUGAAGGAAGAUUCGAAUUCAGUGGAGAGGAAAUAUACAAGCAACUGAAGCAACAAAAUCUUGUCGCUUUGAGAUAUGUCGAUGAUAAUGAUGUACCAACAGAAGCUUACCCAAUGAAUCCCAAUGGAAGCAUUGAAGGCUUAGCCGGAGUAUGUUCUCGUGACGGAAGGCAUUUGGCAAUGAUGCCUCAUCCUGAAAGAUGUGUUCAACCUUUCCAAUGGCCUUAUAUGCCAGUGAGCUGGAAACAAUUCAGAAAGAGUCCAUGGGAAAGGAUGUUUAGGAAUGCAUAUGAUUGGUGUCACAAAACCAGUUUACAUUAAAAUUAAAAGGAGUAUA